GUGAAACCCGAAGUUUAGUAAAAAUUCAUUCGAUGAUUAGUAGAACCGUACGAUCUUACCACAGGGGGUUGUUGAGGGCUAGUAAUCUAUACUCGAGAUCCUCUAUAAGGUCCUAUUCCAUCACCAUCACUCCAGCUACAAAAAUCGUCAAUGAAAAAAAUGAACAACAGAUACCAGAAAAUAAAUCGAUCUCUCAUUAUAUGAGAGAGUAUAAACACUGGUUUCCCAAUGACGAGGUAGGAAAUUCCUUAAUAGACACCUACGAAAGGUUACAUAAAUAUCCCCAAGAAACCGUGACCAUCGGCAUUUUGUAUCAUGACAAAGAAGUUCAAGCCAAUUCCAAAAUCAUUGAAACUGUACUCGCAGACCCAUUGGCUAGCAAUAAUAAGGUAUGGUUUCAAAAGAUAAUCGAAAGAAACAAACAACAGAAUAUCAGUUUUCAGUACAACGAUGAAAUGUUGGAAAUCACAAACACCAACUUCAGCAUACCGUCACCUAUAUUGGGCUCUUUCUCGAGACCCAAUUAUAUGAUUCCCAAAACCAACAUCACCUUGAACAAUAUCAUUCUUUACGAAAUUAACGACAUUCCUAGUUUCACCAAAUUCAAUGACUGUCACUUCUUGGUGUAUGUGACCAACCGAAUCACGUCGUCCAUAAAACUACCCCCUUCUAUCAGUGAUAAGAUCUUGUUAACGUUGAUAGAUAAUAAUGACUUUACUCCAGCAUCAAGUGAAUCAACCCCAUUUCCUCUUAGGUCGGACGGUACAGUCCAGAUCAUAAAAAUUGAUAGUGGAAAGAGCUUUGAGGGGAUCCAAGAUUUCCUUGAUAAUGAUGUUAGUGCUUCCAAUAACUAUUUGCAAUCGUUAGUAGACAGUAACAUCUUUCAAUUUUUGAAAAUCAUGGGGUAUAACUUGCAGAUCGACAGAUUGAUAAAUUGGAAUGUUAAGAAGCUCAUUAACAAGAUCUCCAAUGACGAAAUCUCUCUUGAGCAAUUAGAAAAAGUUUAUAAUGAGCUCAAGAACAGAGGAAUCAACGAUUUUAGUUCCCAAAUGCACCAUGAAUUACAAAAUGAGUUGAUUCCCAACACCACAAAAUUCUUCAAUAAGAGACUCCGAUGGUGGAAAUUGUACUUCAAGAAUGAUAAUGUUGAAUAUGAUUUAAAAGACUUUUUCCAAUUCAAUUUCAUGAACAAAAGCAUAGAGAAUUAUAACUUCCUUCGAGGCAGAAUCAUCUCUGAGCUUCAAAAUCAUAAUUUUGGCAAAUAUCUGGCCAAAUCUGGCGAUAUUUCCAACCCUUUGAUCAAAUUGAAGAACGAGGUGAUCAACUCGAGAAUCACGUCUGAAGUUCAGCCGGUUGUUAACUCUCAUCUCUUCUACGGAAUGUUCUACUAUCAAUUUCCAACUACCAUUAUAUCGCUUUGUGCCUACCUGAUAUUUGAUUUUUCCUUGAAUGCUUCGGUUUCAAUCUUUGGGUUGGGACUAGUGAUGGGAUUUAACUAUGUUUCAAAAGGAUGGGAAAAAUUCACCAAAGAUUGGACUAAACGGUUAUUUAACGAUGUCAGGGUGUCCAUUGAUAGAGACUGUGUGGAAAAUGGAUUAGUCAAAGAGUUGACUGCUAGCUAUACAGAAGAAAGACGGUUGAUCGAGAUAAAACGUGGAAUCGUUCAGGGUAUCAAUAGCAAGUUAGAAUAAAUAUAUUUUGUCGUAAUGUACACCUUAUAAAUAGAUAAAUAUGGAGGGAGAGAGAAUGCAAAUGAGUGGGCACCAUAAAUCAUAAAGCUGGUGGUGCAACAGAAGAAGAACCUGACAGUCUGGCGACCUUUCUAGCCUUAAUUUGCUCCUCCAACCUGUCGAAUUCCUUGAGGGCUAUUUCUUCCUCUGGGUCCAAGAUCUGCUCGAUGUUCUCCACUUCUUCAAUAUAGUGUUUCAACAUCGACUCCAUUCCAUGCUUCAAAGUAUCUUCACUCGAAGAACAUGAUUUACAAGCUCCCUGCAACUUCAAAAACACGGUACCGGUUUCUUCAUCAAAUCCUUUGUAUUCAAUGUCCCCACCAUCGUCUUGAAUGGCAGGUCUUAUUCUGGUUUCUAUCAACUCUUUGAUCAUUGAAACCACCUCCAGGUCAUCAGCCUCAUCAGCACUCAUUUGACGUUGUGUUUCGUCUAUCAACUCUCUGGUUAUAACGGGAUCCUUGCCAUCGGUUAAAAACUUAUCCAUCAACUCAGUGACAUCGGGUCUCAAGUUCAGCCAAUUCACAUGAUCCUGUUUGUUGACGGUCAAAAAAUCGGGCCCCAACAUCACGGACUUGACUCCGGGCAACUUGAACAACUUCAAUGCCAAGGGAGAGUGAAUGGCUUGUAAUGAAGAUGUGAAUUCAAAGGUCUUGUUUUCUAAUGGUAAUAUCUCCUUCUCUACCGAAACGAAUUUCAAUGCAUCUGGGUUAGGGGUGGGAUAUGUUUUGAAUGACAACCAUCUGGCCCCCAAAACCCUCGCUGGUCUCGUAUGUGGAAUUAUUCCUCUUAACAUCUUUAUCAAAACUGUUUGUUAAAUCAGAAAAAAAUAGUGAUGAUUAAUGAU